AUGGAGUCAUACAGGGAGCUCACUUGUGAGUUCCUAGCGUCUAUGAGAGGUAACAACAUUGACUUCAGCCCUCCACUUCACACGUUAGUUGGGCAUGAAGAGGAGUUGCAAGAAGAGGAGCCUGAACUCGAUCGAGUUGAGGAUCGAGUUGAGGACCACGCUCAAGUGAAUGCGGAAUUGGGUGAGCCUGAGUGUUACUAUCUCGAGGAGUAUGAGGCUCCAAGGAUGAACCCCUCUGCUGUGGCUGCUCACAAAAGGAUUGGACUUCUCCAAAGGUUCAACAAUUGGCAAGGGAAGGCCAUGGACAAAAUGCAAAAGUCCAUGGACAAGAUGGUGAGCAAGAUCAAGAGUUUGGAGAAGAAGGUCUCUAGUUCUUCAAGCAAGAAGAAGAAGACACCCAAGGCUCCUACAUUCCCUAGGAGUAGAUUUCUCCUCACCACUCCAAGGAGGCUUCCUGUCCAAGAGUCCCACAGAGCCUCAUCUUUUGAAACAAGGGAAGGAGGAGACAACACGCAGAGAAGGAGGAAGAGUUCCAAGGGACGAUGCUCCAACUCGAUCAGCGGACUCGAUCGAGUUGGCGAUCGAGUUGACCUGGGAGAGCCUUCAUUCGAGAACCCUGGAUUCGAGCACAAUCCAGCACCUUACCAGGACUAUCCUCAGAGCCACUGGACCCCUUACAACCGCUUCGAGCAAACCAGGCUCCACCAGGGCCAAGGAAGCCACACCCACUUCGAGGAUGAAGAGGUGGUAGAAGAGGAAGAGCAAGCUCGACCGAGCUGCACAAAUGAAGUCGAGUGGAGUGCUCCUGAUGGACGCCUGCCCUCUCCAGACCACGACCUUGCCUCCCACUGUUUACUGUCCGAGCUACUUGUGAAGACGAAGUCGAGCUCUAGCUCGACGGAGUCAAGUCCGCAAGCUGAGUUUGAACGAGUCAAACGAGAAUCUCGCUUCGACGUGUUCAGAUCCGGAAAUAGCGGGAUCGGUAGUUGCACGUGGACGAGAUACGCGGAGGAGGUUGCGAUCUACUUCGGUGCUAUAAAAAGGAGGACGAUUCUUGAUCACAAGGCAGAGAAUGUUCUUUUGGCAAGUCUUUAG